CGUGUGGAGAGCCUCUCCGCCCGGGUGAGGCCUGCGUUCCCGCGCGUCCCCCGGCCUCUGUCUUCAGGGAUGCCAGCAUUUCCUGCUUCAGUUUAGUGGCUGGCUGUGCCAAUUCCAGAGCUGGAUUUUGAGAAGAACAAGAAGGGGCGGAUGGAACCAGCCCUGUUCAGUGGGAGCCCACACUGAUGUCACGCUAAAGUGACGGUGGAAUUGCACUCUUGUUUUAGGCAAUGGCCCCUGGAAGCAAAUUUAAGAACGCUGAAUUGAUAUUACCAUGUGAAUGGAAAGAAUGCUGCUUUGUAGGGAAAUGCAUGGAGGAAUUUUGUAAUCAUAUUGCGGAACACUUGGAAGAUUACCUACAGCACCCCCUGGAAACAGCAGAGCAGUACCGGUGUUGGUGGAGAAGUUGUGAAUUUGGGGCAAAAAAUCCCAGAGAGCUGAUAACACAUGUCAAUUUUCACACUUACCACACCAAACUGAAAUUCAUAGGCUCCCAGUUACGGACAUUGCACCAUGAUUUGCCAGCGUGUUUGCAGAACAGCCGUAGCUGGCAUCAGUUACCAAAGACUUCGGAGGAGUUUGUUUGCCAUUGGGAGAAUUGUGAUGUUACCUUCAAUAACCCAGUGUGGUUUUAUCAACAUGUUGCUAUUCAUGCCUAUGCUACUGAGGAAGAAACUGUUACAGAUCAGAAGAAAGCUGUUUAUUGUCACUGGAAAGAUUGUUUAGGCGUCUUUAAAGGAAAGCAUAAGCUAUGGGAUCAUUUAAGAACCCACACACAAGAAAGAGUUGUAGCAUGUCCUACUUGUGGAGGAAUGUUCUCCAAUACCACUAAGUUUUUUGAUCAUGCAAAGAGACAAGUUUCAGAAGAUAAACAAAUAUUUGUUUGCCAGAACUGUCAGAAACAUUUUGCCAAUGAAAGGCUGCUACGAGAUCACAUGAGGGGACAUGUUAAUCAUGUUACAUGUGCCCUUUGUGACACAGUAUGCACAAGUGUCUCCUCACUGAAAGCACACAUCAGAUUCCGACACUGUGAUGAACGUCCUUUCCAUUGUCACCUCUGUGAGAGCUGUUUUAAGAACACGUAUGAUCUGCAUAAACAUGUUGAAACACACAAUGAUUCAGAUGCCUACAGCUGUGAUGUUGAAGGAUGUGGUUUUACUUCACGGACUUUACGAACUUUGAGACAGCAUUACAAGAGAGCACAUGUGAGUAAUGGCAUUCUGAAAUAUAAAUGCCACAUCUGUCAGAAAUGUUUCUCCUGGAGUUAUACAUUGACCCUACAUCUUCGAAAAGCUCAUAAACUCAGCAGUCAUUCUCGUUUCAGAUAUAAAGAAGAUGACGAAGGUCAUAUGAGUUUGAAUUUAGCAGUAUAUAAUGCUGUCAUGGGUUUAGGUCAGGCUCUUAAUAAUGAGAUGGUAACAAGUAAGUCUCCACCAAGUCAAAAUAGUUUUGGAAGAGAAGGAGGGGACUCUUGCGAAAGAGACACUUCAACAGUACAAGUACUUUUCACACAGCUUCAGCCAUGGUCACAAGCUACUGGAGAAAAUGUUCUCGUAGAAACAGAGACUUCUAUGCCAGGGCCUGUGUAUUCUGAACUUCAGACUGCUGUACAGCCGUUUGAAAACUGUUGUACUUCUGCUAAAGUUGAUGAAGCCACACCAAUGAACAUGAAGGAAAAACUAGUAGAAAUGGAACUGGGCUUGGGAAUUCAGAUAGGUUUCUAGA